UUAAAGCUAGCUCUAGUUGGUACCAGCUCCGCUCAUGUGAGGAUUGGACCUCAGGUGUCAGUGUAAAACAAUUUAUUUUGGUUUAUGCCGAAGUAUAAGCUGCUUUCCUUAUUGCUGGUGGACGGUAUAAUCGUUUAAACAAGUUAAAGUAGCAAAGGCGUGAUGAGUAGCAGCCCUGUGUCGGUCCAGAUGGACGAAGUCAGGAGCAGAGCCCAGUCGCUCCUGUCCUCCUCGGGUUUAGCCCAGGAUGUGAAGGUUGAAGUCCACACUAUGGCCACCAUCCCUUUGCCCUUGUCAGAGAAGUACUGCUACUUGCCAGCAGAAGUCAUGCUUAGAGAGAACUUGACUGGUUGCAGUAAACAUGAGGCUCUUAAAGCUUUGAAUAAACUGUCCAAAGCGUUGAGCAUCCUGGAGAAGUACGGAUGCAACCUAGCCACUCCCACCAGGCCCAGAUACUGGAGAAGCGUCAAACACAACAAUCCUGUCUUCAGAACCACAGUAGAUGCCAUCAAGGGAGGUCGGAGAGUUCUGUUCCUCUACGGCUACACCAACCAGCAGUUCGACGGCCUCAGUUUCCCUGAUGAAAUCACCCAACCAAAUACUGAAAAUGUUGUUGCGGUGACGUUGGAGGUGAUGACCCUCCGCUCAGAGGUGGACAUGCUAGUCAAGGGCAACCAUCCUCACCCUGAACACUUCAAAGACAUCAUCCCAUUUGCCAUCCAGCAGAAUGAGCCAGUGAACGACUCUAAGGCCGUCCCGCCUGGAGACGAGCAGCAGGGAGACAAACCCCAGACCCCGUCUCCUUUAACGUCAUCAGACCCAAAGCCUGAGCUUGCAUCUCCACCAAAACCAGCAGCAGCCUCCGCUGCAGUGAGUGAGUGCAGUUUGUGUGGCGGCGCUUCAUCUCUUCUUUGCCCUUCAUGUGACAAUCAACAUUUCUGUGACGCAUGCGAUGACCUCUAUCACCGCCACCCCUCCAGAGCCACUCACAAGAGGGACAAAUUACAGAAACCCAAACAGGAGACCUGCACCAUCUGUGGAAUUUCUGCUGUCCAUGCUCAGUGCUCCACCUGCAUCCAGAGAUUAUGCGCAAACUGUGACAGGCUUUUCCACUCUCACCCUGACCGCAAAGGCCAUGCCAGGACUAAUAUUGCCCCAGCUAAAACAUCCAGUCCAUCUCUAUCACCGUGGGAGUGUGCUCACUGCACUACAGUGAAUGAGAUGCGAGCAGUUCUCUGUGCAACAUGUGAACGUCCUCGACUCGCCACUGCUGCAUCCACGGCUGUAGACAGCUCCAUAUCAGUCCCCGUAUCAUCUAACACAGAUUGGCAGUGUAAGAGCUGCACCGUUGUGAACCAAGGCAGCAGUAUCCUCUGUGAGGUGUGUGAACGCCCUCGUCUUGCCACCCGCCCACCUGUUGCUCCGAUACUGACAAGCCCUAGAUCGAUGCCUGACUUGGGAGCAAAGUGGAUUUGCCAGUUCUGCACUUUUGCCAACACCAAGCCCUCUGCAGUGUGCGAGAUGUGCAGCCUGCCAUGUAAAGACUCUGCUGGAGUUUCUAUGCCACAGUCCCUCCAGCAGAUGCCGUCAGUGUUUAAGGAUCAGCCUCAGCUAGACGUGACGCCACAGCCAAAGCCCAGGCUCAACAUGGAGCUGAAGAGGCAGAAAACGAUGAGGGACGACGGACUGAAGCUCAUUCACCAGAUAAGAGAGGCAGAGAAGCGGGGCGUUAGCCCAGAGGAGGUGUAUGCAGCCCUGUGCUUGUGUGGCAGCAGCAACGUUAACCCAUGUGACUGGCUGACAUCAGAACUGCCUCACCUGCUGGAUGAAAUAUGCGCCAUGGCCGCCUCUGUUCAACUAAGUUACAAAGUGGGGAACACUGGGAUGAAGCCUGUGGUGGGGAAAUGUGAAAGGGAGCCGGAGCAGAAUACUGCAGGUGGAGGUGGGAAGCUUUCCAGAGCUGAGGCUAAAAUGGCCUGGUUGGCAGCAGGAGGAGACACCGAGAGAGCAGUGAGACACCUGCUGAGAGACCGACAAGUCAAGAUGAGGGAGCUGCACUCUUUGGGCUUCCAGGACAUGGCUCAGUGUGAGGAGGCUCUGCGGCAGAGCGGAGGCGAGUUAAAAGGGGCAUUGUCCCUACUUCAGCGCCCUCUCCUGGAGCCCUUCCACCAGCGUAUCUGGAUCGACCAGCCAGAGCCGCCGAUUGAUCCUAAACAUCCAGACAAACAGAGGAUAUGCAGGCGUCUACUGGCAUUGUACAACCUGCCCAGCUGGGGGCGUUGCGAGCUUGUUCUGUCGUUGCUCCAAGAGCCAGGUGUCACUUACUCACUCGAGGAUGUAGUGCAAGCUGUGAAGGAGUCACACGACAAAGAUUUUAUCAGGCGUCUCCUCAACAACGAGUGCCCGUGCUGCUUAAGCAUCUUCCCUCGCAGCAAGAUGCAGUCUCUUACAUCCUGUCAGUGCUCAGUGUGUCACGAGUGUUUCAGGCAGCACUUCACUGUUGCUGUCAGAGACAAACACAUCAGAGACAUGGUGUGUCCCGUCUGCAGCGAGCCCGACAUCAACGACCCCGAACAACUGGACAGUUACUUCUCUACGCUGGACAUUCAGCUACGAGACUGCUUGGAGCUUGAAGUGUAUGAGUUGUUUCACAAAAAGCUGACUGAGCAUGCACUGAUGAAAGACCCAAAGUUCCUGUGGUGCUGUCAUUGCACAUCUGGGUUUAUCAACGAUGGAGACCAGCUCAAGGUCACCUGCCCCUCAUGCAACAAGAGUUUUUGUGCUCAGUGCAAAAAACCUUGGGAGCCUCAGCACCAGGACGUGUCCUGUGAGGAUUUCCAGCAGUGGAAGAGGGACAAUGAUCCGGACUACCAGAGGCAGGGCCUGGCGGGGUAUCUAAGAGACAACGGCAUCACCUGCCCUCAGUGUGGGUUCCAGUACGCUCUGACAAAAGGUGGGUGCAUGCACUUCAGCUGCUCCCAGUGCAGGUACCAGUUCUGCAGCGGCUGCAACAAUCCCUACCACAAGAUGAAAUGCAAAGCACCUCAGUGUGUCUACAAUGGCCUGCAUGCUCAUCACCCUCGAGAUUGUCUUUUCUAUCUCAGAGACUGGGAGCCACCCCGGCUUCAGGCUCUCCUGAAGAGGAGUGGUGUGAACUUCAACACGGAUCCUUCAAACGGGACUCAGACCGACGCUUGCGGCGUGAUGGAGCAGAAAGAUGAAGACGGUCAGCAGGUUGAUUCUCCCUGUGGCGUCCAAACUCAUCCGGGACAGGCUGGACUCUGCGAGAAGCACUACAGGGAGUACCUGGUGAGUCUGAUCAAUGCUCACACUCUGGAUCCCGCGCUGCUCUACGACAUUGAUGAACUGACUCGGGCCUGUCAGAGAUACCAGGUGGACACUCAGAGAGGAGACGCAGAAGACGACAAUGCUCAUCAUGCUCGACUGCUUAAGAAACUAAUGGAGAUUCCUCUUGGAGAAAAAGUUCCUCGAAACAAAUAAAGACUCCAGAACGUUUAAGAAAAUAUCCUGAAACCAGACGGAUCAUCAAGCACUUUUCAAUUAAAUUCAGUUCUGACUGUUGACAAGAUUUCUGCUGUGAUCUGCAGAGGAAAUCUGAUGCUGCUAAAGUGCAGCACCAAACCACAAGAGAAAAACACACUUGUGUGGCAUCUUUAUGAAGCUGAUUUGUGUUUUAGAAACAUGUACUUCUUGGUCUGAGUUUUGUUCUGUUUUUGCAGAAUGUCUUUUUAUCCUGAAAGAAGAAUGUAUUUAUGAUUACUCAGCACAGGGUUUGUUUUGGUUUGUGCCUUCAAGUCACAGAGAUCCAACUUUAAACUGUCAAAGGUAAUAAUUUACAGGCAGCUGAGUUAUGUUGAAGGAAUGUGAUGAUUCACCUCUUGUUUUUGAAUAAAGACAAGUGUUCAGUGUGUAAGUGCCACAUUGGAUUAUAUUUUAUAUAACAGAAAUGAAUCAUGUUAUGAUCUGCAGCGCUUUGUCAAGAUGCUAAUGAACAUUUUCUCUUUUGGUUUUUCUGUGACUCAAAAUCAGGUUGAAAUGAGCUCAAUAAAAUGAUUUGUAAGCAA